UCCUCCUAGACUCACACACCUCUCUUCACAAAAGCGCCGCCAACAAAAGAGAAAAUGCACUAUCUUCAACAACACACUACAAAGGCGGCAGCCUGGGCAGCCUCUGCUCUGGUCGCCCCCAGCGCGGCAGGCAAGCUGCUCAAGCGCGCCACAGGCUCCAUGGCCGAGGACGUGGUCAAUUCCAUCUACAUGCCCGGCCCGGCCGGUCCUUCCUACUCACCAAUCAGUCUCGGGGCUGGAGUGAUGAGCAUGGUGACAGCCAAAUACGAGGGAGGUCUCGAGUUGUUCCCGGGAUGCGAUCUGACUGAAGCCCGGGCAUGGAAGGCUGGGAAGGUAUUCGGUUUUCGUGCGGGACACGACAAUGGUGGUGGUGGUGAUGAUGGUGAUGAUGAUGGCCAGGAAAGUCCGGCCAGCAAACGCUCAUGGAUGGGCAGCCUGUUCCGCGGCACCCACAACCAGACGCGGGUGGUGCAGCUGGCCGACAAGGACGGCAAGAAGCGAGAAGUCAUCAUGCUGGGCCGCCACGACGACGACACGACUGACGACCACCUGGGCAACAAAAGCGACACCCACGGCGGCCAUGGAAACGGGACUGCCCCUGUACCCGGCAGCGCCACCUCUUGCACGGGUGAAUCCGAAUCCGAGGUCCUCUGGGAAUACAACGACGAGCCAGAAGUCCUCUUCGACUACGACGACUACGUGGCCGGGCACCACGACGACGACGACGACAACAUGUCCUCGUCUUCAUCGUCAGGCCCACGCGCUCCCUCUCCGCCAACGCCCCGUCCCGACGCUCCUUCACCGGACUUCUCUUCACUUGCAGACGACAUCGACAGAGAGUUCUUCUGUGUCACGGACGGCAAUGACGACGACGACGACGAAGAGCAGCCGAUGGUCGAGACGGACAAAGACGACGGCGGCUGGGUGGUGAUCCAAGACGCUGCUCCCAAGCCCGACCGCUCCGGCGUCGUUACCGUUGCUGGCGCUUCUCCCUCUUCCCCAUUGCGAUCUCCAGCUGCGACAGAAGAGGAAGCGACAGCGGGUCCUCGAGCAACAUCCAUUACCACCAGCUCCGAGGAGACGAUGCAGCCCCUCCAACGACCACACACACCUACAACGACAACACUAGCAACAACAACACUACCAUCACCACCGCCUAGCCUCGGCCCUCCUCCCCAUCCACGCAGAUCUGCCGCCCAAGCCGCUGUCGACGCCUACGACGACCUGCAGUUCGCCUACGAGCUGCAGCCCCUGCGCUACCCGAGGCUCGGCGAGGACGACCGCAACGGCGAGCUGCAGCGCCGCGCCCCCGUCGAGAGGGUCGGGAUGGUCAUGGACGCGCACAAGGGGAUCGUGGGGUGGUUCCUCAAGGUUGCUUGAUUUUGUGUGCAGGGAAGAAAGAAAAUGGCCCACCUGGGCAAGGACGGAAAGAGGUGGAAAUCUGGAUUGGUCCGUUUCUGCUGGGAAGCCUGGGUAUCUUUGAUGAUGAUAGGCAAUUUUUGGUCUUAGCACAAGUUGGAUUCUGACGACUCUUGUA